UCGGAGGUUUUAACUUAUAUAAACUGUUGACAGUUAUCCGCAUUUCAUAUCUUGUUAUGAGUUGUGACUCUGUGUGGAUCUACUUUAAAGAGCGAAACAUAACCCAACAUUUGAUUGUAAUAUUUUCAGUGUCGAAGUAAACAAACAUUCAUAAUGAGAUUUAUUUUCUGUUUAAUGACACUGCUGAUUGUUCCAGCUAAAUGUCUUCCCGUGUCAAAUCAUCAAGGCGCAGAUAUUAACUCGGCAGGAAGUAGCGAAAACGACAAAGAUAACAUUGUUGCUUCAGUGGAGACAGUUGAAGACAACGACCAAUCAUCCUCAAAAGAAUACGGGGAAUCUGAAGAUAAUGACAAACACAAUCAGGAUCAUCACCGUGACCAUGCACACGAUUCCGUCGAGGAAAUGUUACAUCACAUCCUGCACGAGGUGCGCAGAGGUCACGCAACCUCCGCAGAUAUGACGUCAUGGAUGACUUCCAUAAAUCAGGCUUUAGCAGACGGGUCUCUCACCCAGCAACGAUAUGACCAGUUUCUAAAAGAAUUAACAGCGUUGCUGCCCAGUAACACAGACAGUAUGACUGGAAACGGUUUUAUUGUUGGACGAUAGACUUGACUCAUUAUUGAGGGACAGAUUGUAUAUAUUUUUUUCCUGUAUAUUUUAAAAUUGAUGUGUAUUUUGAAGUGUUUUGUAUUGGUAAUACGUCUUUUGAUGCGGACAUAUUAUCAACAAUGUUCAUAACAGUUCGUCAAAUAUCGGAUGAAUGACGUUUUAAUAUGAACAAUAUUUCACAGCAUUUUGUCAAUUAUCAGCCUAAUUUCAUUUUAUUUAAUAAAUGUAUUAUAUAAAACAGGGGCGCAUCAAGGAACUGAAUUUAAUCGGAGCGUUACUUAGAGGCACAACUUUUUUUACAUGCGGAUUAGGGAUACUCCCCAUAGAAAAUAUUGACACUGUCUAGUCCGAAGUGGUGCAUUUUGAGCGUAUUGUAUUACUUUUCUCUCCGAUAUUGACAUCUAAAGUUAAU